AUGCAGGGCCAGUUGCGGAGGGGAGCCCCGCUGCCCAAACAGCUCACGGUGCAGGUCACAGAGCUCGGCCGGCGCAGCCUGUGGGCGGACGCUCUUCACAAAGUUGCAGAAGCCAGGAACCAGGAACUGCUGGAUGUCGUGCUAUGCAAUGCCGCAGUCAUGGCAUGUGCGCGUGGCAAAGCCUGGCAGGCUGCCCUGGCAGUGUUUCAGAGCAUGGCCGAGGAAAGGUUGCGUGGGCUGCCCACUCCGGACACAGUGACGUUCAACAGCGCCUUGAGAGGCGUCGUCGCUGCUGGAGGAUUGUGCCAGGUGGCGUGUUGUUCCGAACAUCGUCAGCUUCAACAGCGUCCUGAAGGCUUGUGCCAGGAGUGGUUGCUGGAACGCGGCGCUGCAGCUGCUUUCGCGCUUACUUGA